GUGAUAAUGAUGAAGCAGCAGCGAGAGAAACCCGUGAAAGUGAAGGAGUUGAUCGAGAGAAAAAAGAAAUACAAAAAAUUGCGUGAGGAGAAGCUCUUGGAAAAGUUACGGAAAGAGAAGGCGAAAAUCGAGGAGGCCCCGAACGACACGAAAGUGGACGCAAAAAUGGACGCAAAAGUGGACGCAGAGGCCAAGCCAGCGACGAAGACGGUGAGCCUCGCCGUGCCAGGCUCCAUCAUGGACAACGCGCAGUCCCCGGAGCUGCGAUCGUACCUCGCGGGGCAGGUCGCCCGGGCGGCGGCGAUCUUCCGCGCGGACGAGGUGAUCGUCUACGACGACCUGUGCAGCGGGACGCUCCGCGAGGACUUCAUCGCCGUGAAGAAGGGCGUCGGGUGCAUCCAGAUGGCGCGGAUCCUCCAGUACCUCGAGUGCCCUCAGUACCUGAGGAAGUACUUCUUCCCGCUGCACGACGACCUCGGCUACGCCGGGCUGCUGAAUCCGCUGGACAUCCCGCAUCACCUGCGCAGCCACGAGGAAUGCCCGUUCCGGGAAGGGAUUGUGACGACGAAACCAACGAAGCACGGCCGGGGCUCCUACGCGAAUAUCGGCCUUAAGGGGGAUAUUAAGUUGGACCUGAAACUGGAACCCGGUCUCCGAGUCACCGUGAAGCUGGACGAAGGCCAAGACCCAGCGGCCGACGAAGGAAAUCUCCGUGGGAAGGUCGUGUCGCCCCAAGCGCCCAAGCAAGAGCUCGGACUCUACUGGGGCUACACGGUGCGCCUGGCGGACAGCCUCGGCGCGGUCUUCUCCCAGCCCACCUUCGGUCGGAGCUACGAUCUGUGCGUGGGCACCUCCGAGAGGGGCGAUUCCGUGGAUGACGUCAAGGUGCCGGAUUUCGAUCACCUGUUGGUGGUGUUCGGUGGCGUGAAGGGCCUCGAAGCAGCGUUGGAUGCCGAUCAGAGCUUGGUUGCUUCGGAUCCCAAAGAUCUCUUCGACCUUUAUCUCAACUUGUGUCCGCAUCAGGGUUCCAGGACCAUUCGGACCGAAGAGGCCAUUCUCGUGGGGUUGUCCGCCCUGAGGCCCAAAGUCUACCCGCACCUUGGACUGUUAAAUGAAACACAGCCAGUUGUUGGUGCCAGUGUCAUUGCCAUGGAGUGCAUUUACCGUGUGAGUCCUUUGAGGAAGAAAAGGAAAAAAUGUAAUCUCCUCAAGUCCUGGAAUCAGGGAGCAGAAAAUGUUGUUGCGUUCACGUCGUCAUCACCCGACAUAGACUCGACUGGCUGCCCUGGGUCACGUUACAACAUCUAUGUGUGUGACAUCAACACACCCUGGGAGGUUCACAGGAUUGUGGGAAGUGAAGAGCCAAUCACUCAGGUGGAGUGGGACCUCAGUGGGGCCCGACUGGCUGUUGCCGAUGGGAAGGGUGUGAUACAGGUGUGGAUGAUGAAGGAUUAUGUCAUCAACGACUGGGUCUUGAUGAAUACUUUCAAUGACAUGGGAGGGGAGCAGAUAUUGUGCAUUGCCUGGUUCCACAAUGGAAAGAAGCUGUCAUCUUCACCUGAGCAACAGGAAGGAAUCCUGUACUCUGAGAAGUUCAAGCCUGUGCCUUUUGCCCCAACCUGUUGUCAGUUUGGGAAGCGACCGAUGGAGGGGCUGGUCGUCGCGAGCGUGUCGGGACUCCUGGCCACUUUCAUCCUCCGCAUCGAUGCCUCUGUACUCUCUGCCAUUGAGAAGCUUGGCCCUGAGCUGCACACACUUGCCAUGGUUGACUUUGCAUAUGAAAAAAAUGGAGACAUGGCAUUGGCCUGUGUGAGCAGGUCAUCCUCUGCCUGCAUUCGAAUGUACAGUCUACAAAUCAGAGUGAGUGGGGAUUCUAUGAAUGUCACUGUUCAGAAUCUCCCAGCAAUAUUCCCAACACUGCAUUCUUCCUACAUAGUGUCAUGUGUGCAGUUCCUAUUGAAAGAGGACCCAAAGGGGCUUCUCAUUGCAAUGCAUGAAAAGACAAGGCACUCAUGCGUUAUGGAGUCAGAGGUGACUCGUUGGAGGCUGAGUGAGAAGUUGGACCCAGUUUCCAAACACUUUGGGGGAUCCACCUCAGUUGUGUGCAUUCAGACUUGGGAAAAGGGGGAGCAUUGCAAAUUGCCUGGAGAGGUGAAGGAGAUUUUGGUGCCUUUCUCGACCCUGGACAAUGGGCCUCCAUCGCACAUCGUUGUCUCCACGAUCACUGGCACCCUGCACUGUCUCUCAGGGGACUCCUUCACCAAGGUAUUCAGUAAGGAGCAUGAGUUGAGGGGAGCCAAAGACAGUGUAGAAGGAAUGGAGCUGAAACGCUUGAAGGCAGAAUUGGGACCUGUGAUACAAAGCAUUCGUUUCUCGUGGUCUGCUUGUUCCUUCCUUCUCCUUGACGUCAACUCUUCCCUCUGCCUCUAUCGAUUGGUACAUCACAAUGAACCUGGUGGAAACUUGAGCACAGCAUAUGGAGUGCACCUGUUGGAAUACAGCCUGGUGAUGGGGUUGGACUGGUGGGACAUCAUCCUGAGUCUACGUCCAGGCAUGGCAGAGACCGUCUGCGAGCGGGUGGCCGAUUUUGCCGCCAAGCAACCCCUUCCUCUUCAGCAGUAUUUCUACACUCGAAUCAUGGCCCUCAAGAUGAACCUCUAUAGGUAUGUUCCAGGUGGAGGUUACAGGGUUGCAAGUUGUAAUACAUUGGUGAUGCUGCACUCAGUGGCAGCUGCAUUUCGAUCUGUGCUCCGUCCUUCGGAGCUUGCCAGCCACGACAAAGGCCCUGCGGAAAACCUUGCCAGCAUAUUGGCUGGGAAGAUGGGGGAACUAGGUUGCGACCUGGACAAAGUGUGCCUGCAAGUGGAAGCUAAGGAAUUCACUGUUGAAGCAUCUACACUUCAGAGUCUUCAGCAACUCAUUCAGUGGGUUUCUGAUCUGGCCCUGUUCCUCAUUGCCACAGCGCCUACCAUCCAGCAGACCCGGGGUCCCACCUACGAGCUGCUGAGAGAUGGAAAUGCUCUGGGGACCCUGAGGGAGCUUUUGGUGAUCAUUCGUCUCUGGGGUCUCUUCUGGCAACACUGCAUGCCCGUUUUCACCAAGGCGUUGGACAACCUCGAUGCCAUCUCCCUCGCCUACAAGCUCCUCACGAAGAUCUCCCUGAAUCCCGAGAUGGAUGUGUCUCUUUUGGGUAUGUUUCAUUCCCUUUGCGUGCAUGCCGCGCGUCUAGGUGCAACCUGA